AUGAACACAUAAGAUGAAAUACUUAUGCUGAAGAAGUGCAUAUGUGAAUUUUUAAAUAAAUUACUUCCAACGAUUAAGGAUCCGUUAAUUUUAACAAGAUAGAGACUAAGCUAAUUUAAAACUGUACUUUUAGAUGAAUUAAAAACAAUAUAAGAUGUGUAUUAAUAUGUCUAAACACUUUAAUUUCAAGAUGGAUUAGCCUUAAGAACUGAUACAAAGAUUGAACAUUAAAAAAAUCCAUCAGGAACAAAUUUAGACCUGAUGAAUUUAAAUUCAAACCAAAUAGUACCAGAAAAGAGAGCAAUUCCAACAUCUUUUGGAUUGAAUAGAUGUUAAGAUACCUAAUAAUUAAAUGUAGCGAAUACAACAAAUCUAAAAAUGAACUAGAUAACAGCACCAUAGUAGCAGAAUCUUAUAAUUGAUGAUUAAAAAGAGAAAGAAAUACCAAAGUUAGGCAAAGAUAUAUUUUUUAAACGACCUUCAACAAGAAAAUUAUCUAUAAAGACAAAAGAUCCAAAGGCAUAGGAAAAUUAUUAUAAACCAAUUGAUGAAAUUUAAAAAGUUAAUGUUUAUGGAUAAAAAUCUGAUAAUUUUAGCGUGUUAAAUAAUUAGAGCAAGAGAACUCCAUUUUUUGAUAAAGAGACUUUAUUAUCAGAAAUAAAGGAGAGUGAAAUGAUUAUUCGUAAAAACACAAAUACAUUAAAUGCAGUUUAUAGUAGAAGCUUUGAAAUUUUAACAGGAGAUAAAGAAUAAAAUACAGAAUAAUUAAACAGUAUUCAACAUGGAUUAAGGGCAUAAUAAGAUUUAAGAGAAUUAUAAAAUGCCUAAAGGAAUGCUACAUUGAAGGGAUAUUCAAUAUAUGCUAAGAAAGAUAAGGAUAUUGCGAAAUAGAGAAUGGAUGAAAUUGCAUAAAUUAAUGAUAAAAAGAAACUAUAUUUUUGA